AUGAAAGAACAGCGGCAUCACCAACGCGGCAAAAAGGCGGCUGGUGAUGGUGGCGGCGAUGGUGAGGCGUCAUUUCGGCUUCCCCGUAAUUUUGUUCCCCGCCGUUACGAUCUUUUUUUUGCUCCGCGCCCGGCCAAAGGCAUUUUUUUUGGGGCUGCCAUCGUGACGGUUGAGGUGGAGGCGCCGCUCGCAUCGCCGACGCGGUGCCUGACGAUGCACGCCCUCGAGCUGUCCAUAGAACCCUCACACGUCUCGGUGAUGCCGUCGCCGGGAAGAAGAGGGAGGCGGGACCUCUCUGGGGAGGUGGAGAAGCAGGCGGAGGAGGCGGAGCAGCUGCGGUGUGUUGCCGUGCACAGUUCUUGUGUGGAUGAGACCAUCACGUUGGAGUUUUCCUCCUGUUUGCCGAAUGACGUGGGCGACGUGUUUGUCGUGGGCUUUUCGCACUUCACAGGCUUCAUUCAUGACUCAAGUGCCUCAUGUGGUCUCUUCUACUCGAACAGUUACGACACGAACUUUCUCUCCACCCACCUCGAGCCGACAAACGCACGGCUUCUUUUCCCUUGCUUUGACGAGCCUUCGUACCGUGCCGUUUUUCAGCUCACGGUCGAGUUUGACAGUCGUUACACGAUUGUCUCGGGGACAAGAGCGGUGCGGGAGGAACUUGUGGAGGUUGAUGAGGAGAUGUUUGCCGCGAGCUUUAGAGAUCCCCCACUUUUUUGCUCUUGGGACGCCCUCCGAUUCCUGGCGAGGGACACCAGCAACAACAUAAAUAGGGACAGUACAGGCGUCGGCCAUGUUGUCGUGCGCGUGGAUGACGGUGUGAUUGCUCAUGAAUACGCCAAUGUGAGUACGAAUGACAUCAACUUUGGUCCUGCACCCCAUGCACCGGAGGUGAAGGGUUGCGUUGUUGUCGAAGGAGAAGAGGAGGAGGAGGAGGAGGAGAAUGUUUUGAAGGCCGCAGGCCAACAAGAAGGACGAUGUAAUCCUCCUAAAAAUUCUCGAAAAAACGAUCCGCUAGUUUCCAGUUCUAAUGAUUCCCCUACCUGUUUUAUACGUCGUGUCACCUUUGAUGAGACACCAAAGCUCUCCACCUGCAUUGUUGGCUUUAAUACAGGGAAAUUUUAUAUUAUAGAGAGGGAAACGACUAAAAGCAAACUUCUUUGUCGCGUUAUAUUUCCUGCGGAAGUACAAACGAAUCAUGGAUGGUAUGCACUUGAUCUUCUUACUAAGGCUGUGGCCUUUUUUGAUGAAUACUUUGAUUUUCUUUUGCCAUUGCAGAAACUUGACCUUGUCUGUCUCCGUUGUUUUAGUUUUCUUGGAAUGGGGAACUGGGGAAUGGUGAAUAUGCAUUUGGACUACAUGCUUGUGAAUGAGUCUACCCCGCUGGAGCGACGACAGCGCAUUGCUAGGCUUAUUGGUCACAAGGUUGCCCACCAAUGGGUUGGUGACUGGGCGACCGUUUCGUGGUGGAACUUUUUGUGGAUGACGGAGGGGAUUUGUCGUUGCCUUGAGUUCAUGUUUGUUGACAGCGUGUUUCCAGAUUGGCUUAUAUGGGACGAGUUCCUCACGCAGGUGCUGGACGACGCACUUGUACUGGACACACAGCCGGAGAAGACACACCCGGUGCAGUACUGCAUUGCCAAUCCAAGGCUUAUUGAGGAUUGCUUUGACUCCAUCAGCUUUGGCAAAGGUGCGUCUAUCAUGCGGAUGCUUUUUUCCCUGCUGGGGGGCGACUGCCUGCGUGCCGCCACACGGCGUUUGCUGCAACGGUGCAGCAACACUUGCUUUGAUAGUCAGAUGUUUCUUGACUGCCUUGUGCAUGGUGAACACGAGGCAGAACGACGGGAGAUGGCUGCCGCGGUGGUGCGCGGCGCGGAGGAGUCUGGGCAUCCGCUGCUGUAUGUGGAGCAAAAACCGGAUGGGGUCUGUUGUGUCACGCAGUAUCAGAUGCCUGAUCUACGACAGGGCAUCUUGCAGACAUAUGUUAAACUUCAACAGGGAAAAGAAACGACGAAUGCCAUGGACUUAAUGGCCCCACGGCGCAUGCGUGUGUUUAAUUGGAAUGCCGAACAUGUCUUACAACGAUCCAAUUAUAACAUUCAUGCGAAAAUUGUAGAGUUAGAGGAGAUGGGGUGCUUUUUUGGGCGUACGUUUUGCAUGCGGUCUUCGCAGGAGAUUAUUAAAUGUUUCCCGGACCGGUUGAUUUAUUUGAACUACCGCGGGACCGGGGUACUGCGUUGUGACUAUGAUACCGCCACAUGGCGACGUAUUUUUGAAGUUGCACCUUUUCUCUCUUCACAAGAUUGCAUUGUGAUCACCAUGACGCUAUUUCGGUUUCGAAACAUUCAUAUUGGACAAGAUGCUACCGAUCGUAUGGACCGUUGUGAGUUGUUGUUAGAGUGGUUAAUGUUCAUCACACAGAGCAGCGUUAUGACCGCCUCCCAGUGGAGUUACAUCACCCAUCAAAUUGAGUAUAUCUUUUAUAUGGUGCGGGAUUAUCCUUGUUGGGAAUUAUUUUCGAAAUUUGUAUGUUCCCUUUACACCCCACUGAUACGUCGCGGUUCCCUCUCAUUUGCGGCACAGGAACAAGCUGUAACUUUUGAAUCCCGUCGAGAUAUUUCGAGGACAACGGUGCUGCACAUCUUGCAAGUUCUUGCUAUUUGCAAUUGCCCAGUUAUUCUUGAUGAGUCUCGAGAACAGGUGGAACGAGCACUUGUGUCUAUUAUGCCACAAUUUGCAAAUGAUUUUGCCAGGGGGACAUUUACUACGCAUAAUUCGGUCGCAUUUAACGUUUUCAAUGACUCCGAUGCGGUGGCGGUGAGUAUUGCCAUGCAAUGUUUAAUAGAGCACGGUGACAUGAAGACGUGGUGGACACUUGCCUGCGUUGUCGCCGCCAUCUUCAACAUUUCACUUCAAAAGACCGCAGAGGAACUGCACCUCGAUGUGGUUGAGGGAAUUUACGUGGCGCACCUGGACGAGAUGCAUAAGAGCCGUUGGUUGAACAUGAUCGCCCCCGCUCUGUUUGCCUUUGACACCAGUAGUACAUUGCCUUUUCUCCUAUUGGUUCUGCACAACUUUAAGAGCCUUAACACCCCCAUUGCAAAGGCCAUCUUGCGCAACAAGCGGCUAGUAACAUCUCUCUUUGAAUGUACAUCGUUGACUCAGUCCAUGCCCCACAUCACUGUUAUUCGCCACCUUCUUAUCAUGCAUGGGGCUAUGCUCUGUAGCGACAGCAAUCUUAUUCUCCUCAUGAUGGCCUCCGUAGCGGGCGAGGCGGCAACAGAGCGGAGCGGCGGCGGCAGCAAGGGCAGAGGCAAACAAGAGCCUAUGCGUGCAGGCGGCAUGGUACGUUCACUGCCCGUCGCCAACGCCAUCUUAGCAAUGAAAACAAAUUGCCUUUGGAUGGACUACUGCUGUGACCACUACGACUCGUUUCUGUCAAAACGGUUCCGUGAGAAACAAUUGACAACGACACCGUUGGGAACGCCGCGUGCAUCUGUAAUGGAUAUGGAUACAAUGGAGGAAGACGGGGUGAGUACAUGA